AUGGAGCAUGGAAAACUAAUUCUACACUUGAAAUCUUUGGUCCUAGUGUCUGAACUAAGAAUUUGGUUAUUGGGAGAGAACUGGGAUGAAAAAAGCUCAUUUGGAAAUUUACUCUUGGAAAGAACAGCUUUUGACGAAAGUGAAAUUCCUCCAUGGCUUCAGCAGUGUCCUGAGAGAGCCAGAGGAUGCUUUGAGACUCAACGCAUAUCUGUGAUCAUCACACCAAAUCUCUUUGACAGACAGGUUCCUGAAGCCCAAAAUUCUCAGGCACUGAAAUGUUGUGAGGAAAUGUCUGCUCCAGGUCCACACGUGCUUCUGCUGAUACAGCAUCCAGAGCUCACUGAGAAGAACAGAUAUAUGUUGGAGUUUAUGAAUAACUUGUCAGAAGAUACCAUAAAACAUACUAUAGUUUUGUUGAUGAGCCAGAUGAAAUUCAGCAGUGCUAAGGAGAAUGAAGCUAUUCAGAGCUUAAACAGAGAAGGAUGGAUGUACUACGAAUUAAAAAACAAAGGCAGAAAUUCUAUGGUUGAGUUAUUUCAGAAAAUCAAGACCUUGGAGACAGUGGAAAAGGGAAAGCAUCUCACCCUGGAAACUUACAAGUCACUACCAGAUAUGCCAUCAAUAUCAUUUGAACAGCCACAUUAUGAGACUAAAAAGAUGGAAACAGCAGAACAAAGAGGAAAAGGACCUAAGACCACACAAAAAUGGUUUUCAUUUAUGAAACCCUCAUCGCAUCAGAGCGCAACAGAUGCAGACAUGCAAAUCGAAUUCUUUCAAAAUCUCAAUCUGGUGAUGUUUGGAAGGAGCAGCGCUGACAAGACUUUUACAGCAAAUACAAUACUGCCAGGGGUGUUUAAAUCUGAAACCAUCCAUGAAUGUGUGAAGAGAGAAGGUGUAUGCUACACAUCUUCUUCUGGAUAUAAGGUCACCUUGGUUGAAAUGCCGGAGCUAUAUAAUACGUCUCUCUCUCAGAAGGAUGUGCUGCGUGAGACAUACUGUGCUCUGUCUCUAUGUUCAUUUAACAUAAACACAUUUCUUCUGGUCCUUCCUAUCAGUCCUCUCAGUGAUGAUGAUAAAGGAGAAAUCGAUGUACUCAGUGGCAUAUUUGACACAGCAGAUGGAAAGUUCUGGGAUCAUCUAAUGAUCUUGUUCAUAUGGCAGGGUAACAGGAUGGACAAAGUCAUCAGUGAUUUCAUACAUGGAAACAGAGAUAUUCAACAAAUUGUUCAGAAAUGUGGGAACAAAUACUACACACUUAGUAGUGAGCAAAGACUUGACAGUGAGCAGCUCUCAGAACUGCUCGUUAUGAUUACUAGGAGGAAUUCUAGCUACUCAUCUGCUAUAUAUCAGGAAGCACAGAUGGAGAAGAUGAUUCAGCUGGAGGGCAGAAUUAAGGAAAUGGAGGAAGAAAACAGAGAGUUAAAAAUGAUCAAACAAACAGCUGAAAAUGAGAGGCAGAUAACAAGAGCAAACUGUGUAAGGAUUGUACUUGUUGGGAAAACUGGAAGUGGGAAAAGUGCUACAGGGAACACUAUUCUCAACAAAGAAGUCUUUAAAUCAUGUUGCAGUAUGAAAUCAGUGACAUCUUCGUGUCAGAAGGAAGAGGGGUUUGUUAAUGGAACUCCAGUAGCUGUUGUUGAUACUCCAGGCCUAUUUGACAAACAUGUCCCAAAUGAUGUGGUGAAGGAAGAGAUUCUGAAGUGCAUCGGUCUCCUCUCUCCAGGACCUCACGUGUUCCUGCUGGUGAUUGGAAUCGGAAGAUUCACAGAGGAAGAAACAAAAACUCUAAAUAUAAUCAAGGAAACCUUUGGAAAAAAUGCUGAGAUGUUCAGCAUUAUAAUAUUCACACAUGGUGAUAUGCUAAAAUCUCAGACAUUUGAGAGUUACCUGGAAGAGGCUGAUUUAGAUAUGAAGAUGUUAAUCAGAGAUUGUGGAGGAAGAUGUCAUGUGAUUGACAACACAAAGCAAGAUGAUUCUCAACAAGUCAGUGACUUACUGGAAAAAAUCAACAGAAUGGUUGCAAAGAAUGGAGAAGGAUGUUACACCAAUGAGAUGUUCAAAGAAGCCGAAGCUGCCAUAAAACAGGAAACAGAAAGAAUAUUGAAAGACAAAGAGAAGGAAAUGGAGAGAGAGAGAAAAUGUUUGCAUGAAAAAUACAUGCAGGAGAUUGCUAAAAUGGAGAGGAAAAUGAAUGAUGAGAGAGAACAAAUGGAGACAGUUAGGAAGAAACGAGAGGAAGUACUCAGACUGAAGGAAGAGUUUUUGCAAAAUGAACUUAAGAGAAGAGAUGAACAAGAACAGAAGGAGAAGAAAGAAAGACAAGGAGCCGAAGAGCAAAGAAGAAUCGAAGAGGAGAGGACACAGAAUCAAUGGGAAAAGGAACGGCAAGAAAUAGAAGCAAAACGAAUAAAAUUAGAGAAUGAUCAAAAAAAGAGAGACCAGGAAUAUAGAGAGAAGUAUGAGAAAGAGAGGAGCGAAAUGGAGGAACUUCACAAAAAGAGACUGAAGAGAGAACAUGAGGAGAAAUACCAGAAAAAACUGAAAGAGGAGAGGAGUGAAUGGGAGCUGAAAGAAAAGAAAAUGAUAGAAGAAUUUGAAUUGGAAAAAAGAAAAAGAGAAGAAAAAGAAAAUGAGAGGAUCAAAAAGGAACAUGAAGAAAGAGAGAAAAUAGAGAGAGAGUAUGAGAACAGUAAACUAGAGAUGAGAAAACAAAAAGAAAAAUGGGAAACAACAUGGAAGGAGGAGUGGCAGAAACGAGUGAGAGAGGAGGAGAAGAGAAGGGAAGAAGAGAAAGAGAAACUGAAAAAGCUUGAAGAGGCAUUUGAACAAGAGCGUAAAGAGGAGGAGGAGAAGAGAAAGAGAGAAGAUAAAGCCAGACGAGAACAGGAGGAGAAAGAACGAAAAGAGAUGGAGAAAGAGUAUAAAAAGAAAUUAAAAGAAAUGAAGAGAAAGUUUGAAGAUGACGCUAGAAAACAAGCAGAAGAAUUCAAUGAAUUCAGAGAGAAAUAUAGGAUAGACUUUCAUGCUCUCAUGUUACAGCAUGAGUUAGAGGUGCUGAAGCUGAAGUUAAAGCAUGAAAAAGAGUGCCUUGAGAAUCAAAAACAGUACAGUGUACUGAGUAAACUCUCAUAUCAAAAAGACAAAAAUCUGAAUGAACAAAUGAAAGAAAUGGAAGAAAAACACCAAAGAGAGAUUGAUGAGCUGAAGAAGAAGUAUGAGGAUAAAUGUGUUUUACUGUAAGAUAGUGAGGCUAGGGACUUCCGGCGGCAAGAUGAGGAGGUAGUCGCGUUUCGUUUGCGCUCUCACAUAAUUUCAUUUUAUUUACACUAAAAUACGAUCAAGUAUACUUUGAAAUACUACCCUGGAUCUCUAUUAACCGAUCUAUUAUAAAAUGACAAAGCAAAAACGUGAAAAAAUCGACGACAAGACAGACACGGCUUGACAGUCCCAACCUAAAGCAAGCUAGCAUGGAGGCCGCUGCUAGCAACCGCGCGGAGCUAUCUUUGACACCAGAAGACAAUACACUUCUUCAGCUGGUUCAAUCUGAACUAACAUCCUCUCACAGUCAGAUGUCAGACACCAUCAAAACAGAGAUGGCGAGCUUCCGCUCAGAGAUUGGAUUGAUUGUCAAAAACUUUCGAUCGGAGGUCAAAACCAAAAUGGAUGCUUUUACAACUGGAGAUAACGGGGCAAAUCUAUUCCAUUCAGACUAAGCAAACCAUUAUGUCUGAUACUAUGGAGAAUAUGGAAACAACCCUCAAUUCCCAUCACGACUCGCUAGAAGCAAUGGUAACCACAGUCUCAACGUUGAAAGAUCAAAUUCUGAAGUUGCAAGAGCAACAACAAGACCUCAAGAAUAGGAUUCGUUGCCAAAACCUGCGGAUAAUUGGCAUACCUGAAGAUGCGGAGAAUGGCUGGCCUACUGACUUGAUGUCUGGCUUCUUCUCAGAGGUGCUAGGUGAAGAUCUGCCUGAUCUUCAAUCAGUGGUGUUAGAUUGCGCUCAUCGUGCCCUCGCUCCAAAGCCUCAACAGGCACAGAGCAAUGAUUGUUUGUCUGAACUACUUCUCUGAUAAGGCCAAAAUUCUCCAAGCCUCCAGGAAACAAGGUGAGCUUACAUUUCGCAGUUCAUGUGUCCAUAUUUCCCAGAUAUGAGUGCCGAACUGAGCCGUAGAAGAGCUGCCUUUAAAGCCCGGGUAUACUUCACUUUCCACGCCCGGACGCGUCACGUGCGCGGACGGGGUGUGCGGCCGGCCACAAGCCCUCCGCAUGAUGAAAAUUACGUCAUGCGGAUGGUGCACGAACGCGGACGGCUGAAGUAUACCCGGAACUUAACUCCGUGAAACUUUUUUUGGAUUUCCUAUGGCAUCCACCAUCCGGCAGAUUUACGGUUCACUUAUGACAACACUAGACUUUCUUUUAAGUCACCAUCGGAGGCGGAGGCUUACUUCGAGCAACACAUUAAACCAAAAAUGGAUGCAUGUGUUUCUGAAUAGUUUUUCAGGACUCCUCGAUGUUUGAUACAGCGUGUUCGGUGCUAUGCGGGACAUAGCAGUGCCUGUCCACUUUAUGGACCUUUUUGUUAAACUGGACAUUAUAUUCGUACUGUCAUUGAGCACUACAUUUUUAUUAUCAUUUAUUAUUAUUAGUACUGUCAUUAUUAUGAAUUUUUUUAUUUUUAUUUUUUUUUACCUCGACAUUGGGGACACCUACUGGUUAAAGACUAGAUUGUCUUAUGAAACUCUUUUCAACACGAUAAAAAACAAUUGUGUGCUAAAGAAUAUUUUGUAUGUUGAGCGUUUACAAGAAGUCCAAUGCGUUUGGGAACGUUGAAGGUUAGUUACAUGUGGGAUGUAUUUUUGCUGCUUGUUUGGGGAGCUGCAUGGUGGGUGGGUUGGGGGUCAAGGUGUUUGUUCAACAUUCAAAUUUGUUCAUGUACACAUGUGCUAUUGUGUACAAUUGAUAGGUAAAUUUCAGAAGGAGGUUGACUCGUCAGUUUUUGUCCAUUAAACAAUGCUAUAAAACCUAAAAACAAAAAAAAGAUAGUGAGGCUAAGCGAAUGCACACCUGUAGAGGUGCAAGUUGAGGGAAAAAAAAUAUUAUUGAAGGAGAACAACUGAACACUCACUUAAGCAUAGGCUUUUUAUUUACCAACGUUUCGGAUAGUAGCCUUUGUCAAGGUAUAGUUUCACAAAAUGGAGAAUAGUAUAAAUAAAGGGGAUAAUUGUACACAGAGUGGUGACAUCCAAAUCAUCCAAUAAUUAAUAAUCACUACGUUAUCUACAUAGCACAGCUGAUUGGUUGCUGCUGUAUUAGUUGUUUGUUGUUAACAGUCUGCAGAGUGCUUUCAGAAAACAUCUGAAAUCAGCAAGGAUUUGCAGUUCACAUGUAAAGUCUUUCUUUCUUUAAUAAAAAAUGACUAGAGAUUAGAUACAAGAUUUUAUUUUCUUCUAAAGUUAACAUUGUUUUAUUAUACAGAAUUUACAGUAUAGUAGUCUGUUUAAGGUCAAGUUUGUAAAACAUACUGACUCUUUCUAUAGCGUAAUGAUUAUAUAUUUUCACUUUGUCAUGGUAAUGAUGCUGCCUCAGAUAACUAUCUUAAUGUAUUUUAAAUAAACAUUCAAUUUCCUUUAAAUAAUAUGUUU